CUUACCGCACGAGUUGUCAUGGCAACUGUACAUCAUGUGUUUACAAAAACAAGAGCUUGACCGUUCACCGACACUUCUCUCGACACUCGACAUCUACGACGCCAUCUUCUUCUUCUUCUUCUUCUUCUUCUUCUAGCUUUUGUCAGAGGGGGAGUAACGGGAGAUAACUCCUUCAAGCAGAGAGGAGCCAAGGAGAGUCAGUCAAAGAUGAGCGGAGCCAAAGCCCGCAGCGACGCGCCUGUUGCUGAAAAUGUGUCCGGCGGCGGGCACAGCACUGCGGCUCCUCCGCGGGACCGUAAGCCUGGCGGAGGGGUUUUGAAGAGGCUCAAGUCCCGGAGGAGCCAGGUGGAAAGCAGGCCCGUCACGGAGGAAGACCUGCGGACACAGAGUGGACACAUCACGCCGGAGGAUGUGUUGGGACUGCGGGUGGCUACGCGAGGAUACCUGUGUAAACCAGAGGACAAUAUUUAUAACAUCGACUUUGUGCGCUUUAAGAUCAGAGACCUGGAGACCGGGACUGUCCUGUUUGAGAUCGCCAAACCCCCACAUACGGAGGACGACGAGGAGAACAGGGAGGCAGACGCCAGCGCGGGACGAUUUGUACGCUACCAGUUCACCCCAGCCUUCCUGCGACUGAGGACCGUGGGAGCUACGGUGGAAUUCACAGUUGGAAACCGGCCUCUAAACAACUUCCGUAUGAUCGAGAGGCACUACUUCCGUGAUCACCUGCUGAAGAGCUUUGACUUUGAUUUUGGUUUCUGUAUCCCAAACAGCCGUAACACCUGUGAGCACAUCUACGAGUUCCCUCAGCUUUCUGAGAGCCUGGUCCGUCAGAUGGUGGAGCGCCCUUAUGAGACCCGAUCAGACAGCUUCUACUUCGUUGAGAACAGACUGGUCAUGCACAACAAGGCGGACUAUGCUUAUAACGGAGGACAGUGAUAUCUGCCUGCUAGCAUGCAAACACACACAUACACACAUGUGCUCACACUUAUAGAUAUACAUAAAAACACAUGCAUGCACAUUGCUGAACAUACAAACAGUUCAUUCACUCAUAUGUGCACAAGCAGCUACAGACACAGUUGAGUUACCUCUUACAUUUGUAAAGAUGAAUCGCCAUUCAUUGCUGUCAUUUUCAGGGGAUUUUUAUAUUGCAGGAGGCCAAUAUCAGUGUGUACUCUGACAUACAAACAGGAUGCCGCUGUUAGAAAGAGGCGCAAAUUGGGUUCAUUUAUCUGUUUUUAAUUAUGGACAGAUUGCUUUAAAAACCGAAGGACUCAUCAUUCUAGUGGCCAUGUGACGUUUGUCUCAAACUGUCCAAAUGGUUAUUAGAUAGAUGGGUAGUCUCCUCUUAGCAAUUUUAAAAGUGUCCUACCACCCACUCAAAACACACACACACACACACACACACACAUUUGUACGCACACACACUCAAUCCCCAAGUGACACACAUAGUGUUUACGCAGUGUUUGUCAGAAGCAGCUGUUCUCAGAGCUGCCGCCUCCACAAUCCACUCCAGACAAUAUCGGGGGAGAAAGAAAGAAGCCAUCCACAAAAACACUCCUGUCAAACACACAUGGUCACUCCUGUGAUCCUCCCCCCACCUCCCUCUCACACACACAUUAAUACAUUAAAAAUAGUACUGUAUAGACUUUGAUCAAAGGUCUCUGAUAUUCCACUUUAUUUUUGUUUUACAGCUUUCUCUGAUUGAUAGCAGCAUGGAGAUAGAUCAGGUGACAGUUAACUACAAUAUAACUGUAACCUGACUGCAACCAAAUAAACCUUAAAUAAUGAACAACAGUAAAAAGUUUCAUAUAGAAAAUGCUCAUCAGUUCAGAGAGAGACAGAUAUGAUUUGAUAUCAUGAUGCAUGUGAUGAUAUUAACAAAAAAAGGGAAAGAUUUUCAUAAGUUAUUUGGUAUUCAGUGUGGAAUAAGUAAGUGUACUUGAUCCGAGGAAGAGGUUAGCCUUCCUUAUUUGAAAGUCACAUCAAAUAUUCUUAUUCCCCAUCUUAGUUUAUAUGUUGGGAAUUUGAGUGGUAUUCUCCUGUCUAGAUAGCGUACCUCCUCUUUGUACUUUGUAAACUUUGGUGUUCAGGGUUAAAGGUGGUGUUUGUAAAAAAAAAAAAAAAUCUCUCUCUCUCUAUAUAUAUAUAUAGUUUGUAAAAAGUGACAAAAGAAAAUAAAUGUACAUUUUUAGAUACAACAUGUGUGA